CAUAACGUGCAAUAUUCUUCUAAAUCUGAUAUAGAUUUAAUUUAAGUUUCGAAAGUUUUUGAGAACUUUAAAUAAAACGUUGAAACAGUUGAAAAUGUUUAAUAAAAUGUGCUAGUUGAUAUUUAAAUUUUUUUUUUUCGAUUUUUCUCGUCAUCAAUAGCUGUUCUGGAAUGACUUCACGGUGGAACUACUUGGUUACGCAUGCGUAUUGAACAUUGGUUCUUGAGAAACACCGAAGUUUCGUCUCUGUACAAGUCCUUUGUGGUUAAGUGACAUUACGCUUAUUAUUUUCCUUUUUUAAUAUCACAACUCCUCUUUUUAACCGGUAGACUAAUAGAACGCAAUGUCGGCACUAAAUCCUAUCAGCGUAGCUGUAAUAUGUUCUAGUAAUAUGAAUCGAAGCAUGGAAGCCCAUGCCUUCUUGAGCAAAAAAGGGUUCAAUGUGAAGAGUUUUGGAACAGGAGACAAAGUUAAGCUUCCUGGGAACGCCCCGGAUCGUCCAAAUAUUUAUGACUUCGGAACGUCUUACGACGAAAUCUACAAUGACCUUUUAUCAAAAGACAAGCAAUACUAUACGCAAACUGGUUUAUUGUACAUGUUGGACAGAAAUCGUAGAAUUAAACCCAAGCCAGAACGAUUUCAAUUGUCCAAGGAUAAAUUUGACAUUUUAAUUACUUGCGAAGAAAGAGUCUACGAUCAAGUAAUUGAAUGCAUGGAGUCCAGACCUCAAGAAGAUAGUCAACCUGUGCACCUGAUUAACAUUGAUAUUCAAGAUAAUCACGAGGAAGCUGCAGUUGGAUCGUUUCUUAUCUGUGAUUUGGUUACUGUGCUGGCUAAUAGCAAAGAUCUAGACAAUGAUAUAGACGAAAUGCUUCAUGAAUUUGAAUCAAAGUUUGCAAGAACGAUUCUACAUACAGUGCUUUUCUAUUGAAAGCAGUCUCAAAUGUCUGAUACCUGGUGUUCGCCAAUGGACUUAACUUAUGAGAGAGAACUAAAUUAUACUUUACCAGAGCAUACUACCACAUUAUCUGGCUCAGAUUAUGUGGAACGAAUUCCACUAGUUACAAGUAGGAAUUCGAUCCGUGCUUCCUAUUUAAUAAAUCAUUGCUUUCCAUGGGAUAUGUUUCAGAGAUCUGCUGUUUACAUUACUCCUACGAUUGUUGGCGAAAUGUGUAAAGCAAGAUUACAGCAGCGUUUGUUCAGCGACAUCGAACGUUAGUUAUAUAAGAUGGGAUAGAAAUAUGAAACGCAAAGGACAUAAAUUAUGAAAUAUUUUAAUUUUAUAAUAUAUACGCAUAUAAGCGAAACAGUAAAUUAUUCUUAUAUGUGUAUGUAUUUUAUUGUUAGAAUGUACUUGUGAUAUUUAGAAUCAAUAUGAAUCUCCGACAUUUCGUGUAAAUUCAGAGAUUUGUAUGUUACAAAAUACGAUCCGCUGUUAUAUAGCGAAAAGACCUUCAACUCGAGCUGUUCAAAAAACGAUACAGAACUAAUAUAUCCAGCAAUCAGUGUUGAUCAAGAUGGGCGUAUAAUCUUCUUGUUUUCUCACGUUUCUUUUUGUUUGUAUGUUUAUUUAUUUUUUUCCAUGGUUUCUCUUCAAUUGCUAAACUUUGGGUAGAUCCGAGUACUGAUACUGUAUCGCUGAAAAUUACAAUAAUUGCCGAAUAUUAUCAAGGACAUUCGUACCAACGCUCCAUUACUUAUUGUAUAUGAAUUAUUAUUGUCGAUAAUUAUACAUGAAUGACUUUUUGAAUAAUAAAUAUACAAUAAUGUUACAUA